UUAAAUGUGCACACGGUGAAACACGUGAUCAUGUGUGCUCGGGCUGCCAACAAAUACAGUCCUGGGGUUGAGGUUGCCCUGCUUUGUCCUCAUUUCUCAUCAUCCCCCUCUACCCCCGCGUGACCAUAUGUCAUAUAUGACAUAUAUCCUUGGGCUGUCAACCAAUGAAAUAAAUUCCCAGGGUGAGGAUUGCUUCUGCUGUGUCCCCAUGCACAUCACCCCCGCUACCCAAGCUGCAUGACACAGAGGAAGAAUGGCCCUGUUUGAUUCAAGGGUGAGCCCAUUGCUGGUGCUGAUUGGCGGGUUUCAUCUUGGAGUGCUUGGCUUGUAUCUCACGUUCAGAUCAUCGUCGCAGAAUGUCAUUGCCCUGAUAAUAGAACGAUUGAUCGGGAUUGUCUUCAUGUUGGCCUCACUUCUAGCUGCAGACAUAUACAGAUCUGAGCCCCUGCGCUCCCACAAAUGGAGUACCAUGCUCCAACAAUACGUCAGCUUCAAGAAGCUCCUUGUCCAACAUUACCGUCUCAAGACAAAGAUUCUGGCUCCUAUGCAGGACGUGAAGACCACACAGACUGACCUCCUGCGAGACAUCCUCAAACAAAGAGCAGAGGUGGCGUAUGGUAAAGAGUUCAAAUUCAAUGCCAUAAAGACAGUAGAAGAAUUCCUCUCAACACACCCAAUAACCACCUACGCACAUUAUGAGUCUUACGUGUCUCGUGUUCUUCAUGGGGAGCGUGAUGUCAUGUUUCCGGGAUCUCCUCAAUACAUCGUCCUCUCGUCUGGAACAACUUCAGGAAAGAGUAAGAGACAUCCAAAGGACCUGAAGUUCUUUGGUAAGGUCAGUUGGAUGUAUUUCGCCUAUCUCCGCACCACACUGUUCCGGUUUCAACACAUGUCAAAGUUACAGCUGUGGCAUGACAUCCGUGUUAAACCGCCCAUCACCAAGUCAGAUCUAGGGGUUCCCAUGGGAGCCGGAAGUGGAUCGGCAUAUUUCAUAUGUCCAUUCUCUGCGUCUCCACCGGAAGUGUACACCAUGGAACACGAGCACACGGUACUGUACCUUCACUCCUUAUUUGGGCUCAAGGAAAAGCACGUGACUCUCUUCAGUUCAGUGUCAACCGCUCUUGCUCUUAACUUCUUUAAAACAAUUCAGAAGUACUGGAAACAAUUGUGUGAGGAUAUAGAAUCAGGGACAAUAAGCCAAUCCAUUGACCUUGAACCCGACGUGAGACACAAAAUGCAGAUGUCCUUGACCCCAAAUCCGGAAAGAGCCGAGGAACUUCGGAACAUAUUCAGUAAAGGAACUUCUAACUUCGGACCGCGUGUAUGGCCGAACUUUGCGGCCCUCCACGCUCCAGGAACCGGCGGUUUCUCGUUUGCAACUGAGCUUCUGAAGAAGAACUUCCUGAGCGGGGUGCCGGCAUCCUCCGGCGUCCAUAUCUCGUCUGAGAGUCUGUACGGUCUGAACCUGCACGUGGAGGAUCAGACAAAGACUGAAUACACAAUCCUGCCGUGUCUGAACUUCUAUGAGUUCAUACCUACAGAUUGUAUAGACAGGGAGGAUCCUACGACCGUUCUGGCUCACGAGGUGGAGGUUGGUGGGGAGUACGAAAUGGUGGUGACGACAUGGAUGGGGCUGUACAGAUACAGGACCGGGGACGUCGUGAGAGUCAGCAGCUUCACUGGGACGACUCCCAACUACAUCUUCUCCCAGAGAUCGUCUGACUAUCUGGACAAGUACCCAGAGUUCCUGUUCACUCAGGCCGUCCACGACGCCGCCAGAACGUGGACGUCAGGAACAUCAUUAUACAGCUACAUGGCGUGUGAGAACCACCACGUUGAGGCAAUCACAGGUGACGUUACGUCUUCGCGGUUCUUCUAUAUAUUUCUGGAGCUUGAUGAUGACACUGCCUUAUCAGAUGAAGACAAGGAAAAGGUUGAUAGUGAAUUGAAAUCCCAUUUUGACUUCUACCGCGGCAGCCUGGCAACGGGAAGGAUUGUCGCCCCUGUGAUCGUGCAGGUCAAAUCAGGGACACUUCAGGUGAUCAAGCAGGUGAACUCUGACCUCAACUCUAAAGCUGCAUUACAGCAGUUUAAGUACCCGAAGUUUACGGAGAAAGCCGAAUUUAUACGAAUCUUGUUGGCAAACAAGUUGUGAAUGUAAAAUAUUUCCACUUACAAGAACAGUGUGUGAGUGAGUUAAUAUUUAACGUCACAUCGGCAGAAUUUCAGCCAUAUCGUGAUGCUUACAAGAACAGAGAAACUAUGGACACUCAAUGUAUUUGGCGUCCAGGGAGGCACCAUGAACACUUAAUAUAUAUUGGCGUCCGCAGAGACACCAUGAACACUUAAUGGAUUUGGCGUCCGCAGAGAAACUGUAAACACUUAAUAGAUUUGGCGUCCACAGAGACACUAUGAACACUUAAUGGAUUUGGCGUCCGCAGAGAAACUGUAAACACUUAAUAGAUUUGGCGUCCGCAGAGAAACUGUAAACACUUAAUGGAUUUGGCGUCCGCAGAGAAACUGUAAACACUUAAUGGAUUUGGCGUCCACAGAGAAACUGUAAACACUUAAUAGAUUUGGCGUCCACAGAGACACCAUGAACACUUAAUGGAUUUGGCGUCCACAGAGACACCAUGAACACUUAAUAGAUUUGGCGUCCACAGUGACACCAUGAACACUUAAUAGAUUUGGCGUCCACAGAGACACCAUGAACACUUAAUAGAUUUGGCGUCCACAGAGACACCAUGAACACUUAAUAGAUUUGGCGUCCACAGAGACACCAUGAACACUUAAUGGAUUUGGCGUCCACAGAGACACCAUGAACACUUAAUAGAUUUGGCGUCCACAGAGACACCAUGAACACUUUAUGGAUUUGGCGUCCGCAGAGAAACUGUAAACACUUAAUAGAUUUGGCGUCCGCAGAGAAACUGUAAACACUUAAUAGAUUUGGCGUCCACAGAGACACCAUGAACACUUAAUGGAUUUGGCGUCCACAGAGACACCAUGAACACUUAAUAGAUUUGGCGUCCACAGAGACACCAUGAACACUUUAUGGAUUUGGCGUCCGCAGAGAAACUGUAAACACUUAAUAGAUUUGGCGUCCGCAGAGAAACUGUAAACACUUAAUAGAUUUGGCGUCCACAGAGACACCAUGAACACUUAAUAGAUUUGGCGUCCACAGAGACACCAUGAACACUUAAUAGAUUUGGCGUCCACAGAGACACCAUGAACACUUAAUAGAUUUGGCGUCCACAGAGACACCAUGAACACUUAAUAGAUUUGGCUUCCACAGAGACACCAUGAACACUUAAUAGAUUUGGCGUCCACAGAGACACCAUGAACACUUAAUAGAUUUGGCGUCCACAGAGACACCAUGAACACUUUAUGGAUUUGGCGUCCGCAGAGAAACUGUAAACACUUAAUGGAUUUGGCGUCCGCAGAGAAACUGUAAACACUUAAUAGAUUUGGCGUCCACAGAGACACCAUGAACACUUAAUAGAUUUGGCGUCCACAGAGACACCAUGAACACUUUAAGGAUUUGGCGUCCGCAGAGAAACUGUAAACACUUAAUAGAUUUGGCGUCCACAGAGACACCAUGACCACUUAAUAGAUUUGGCGUCCGCAGAGAAACUGCAAACGCUUAAUGGAUUUGGUGUCCACAGAGAGUGAGUGAGUGAGUUUGGUUUUACGCCGAUUUUAGCAAUACUCCAGCAAUAUCACGGCGGUGGACACCAGAAAUGGGCUUCACACGUUUUACCCAUGUCGGGAAUCGAACCUGGGUCUUCGGCGUGACGAGCGAACGCUUUAACCACAGAAACACUGUAAACACUUAAUGUAAUUGGCGUCCAUAGAGACACCAUGAAAGCAUAAUGGUUUUGGCGUCCACAGAGAAACCAAAUAGUAAAUGAGAUAUAGUCGAUCAAGUGAUUCUUUCAGUUCAUGGGGCAGUGGGGUAGCCUAGUGGUUAAAGUGUUCGCUCGUCUUGCCGAAGACCCGGGAUCGAUUCCCCGCAUGGGUGCAAUUAACUUAAGUAAGUUUGAAUAUGAAGAAUAAAAGACCGACAGUAAAAUAACUUGUGUUGUUCAUUUCAGACCAAUAUCUUCAUUUCUGUAAUUAGAGUGUACUUUGUAUUGAUAACAUUUGGCAAACAUUUUGAUUCAGUUAAACUUAAAUUCGUUUCCUACGGAAGCGUAGUAGAGCCACGUUGAUUUUUUGUGUCUAAGUAUCUCCUACGUAGGACUUCCUAUCUAGGAGAUAGUAAGUCCUACGUAGGAGAUAGUAAGUCCUACGUAGGAGAUAGUAAUUCUAGGCCAUGCUAAGUCCUACGUAGGAGAUACUAAGUCCUACGUAGGAGAUAUUAAGUCCUACGUAGAAGAUACUAAGUCCUAUGUAAGAAAUACUUAGACAAAAAAAAUCACCGUGGCCCCACUACGCUUCCGUAGUUUCCUGUUUAUUUUUACUAAAGAAAUAUCUUAAUGUUGAGAGAUAUUUUCAUCACAAUUGGGAUGUGAACUUUUUAUGAUCAGGAUUGUCACGAAUCUCAAAAAAUGGGACUAUACAGCAAAUAGGUGUGAAUGUUUACACCAUGUAUCUGUAAUAUUGGAAAUAAAUAUGAACUGAA